CGGUCCCCGUGAGGCGCCGCUUCCCUCCUCAGCGCUGUGAGGAAACGCCGGGAGGGCGGGAAAAUUCCCGCCUUUUCCCUCCACGGCGGGACGGGGUGGGGCGGUGGAGGGGGGUGCCGGCCACGCCCCCUCCCCCCGCCCAUCCCUUUCCCGUUGGCUUAUUGACCCCCUACAUCUGCAUAGCCCCGCCUCUUUCCCCUGCGCUCUUUCCUUAUAAGGCGCGGCCCCACCCGCUUCCCUCCCUGCUGCCGUUAAGCGCGGCGGUGUCGCGCUCGGGCGGGCUUUUCGCCGCCGGGAUGGCGGAGCCGGUGUCGGCCGAGGCGGUGCUGCGGGAGCUGGGGCUCUUCGAGCUGCGCUGCCAGGGGGAGGACGUGCCCGCCAGGCUGGUGGAGUUGUGCCUGACCCACGAGCUGGACCCGGAGGCGUUGGCCAACGAGCUGUUGGCCUUCGUCACCAGCAAGAACCUCGGCACCCAGCUCUCCACCGAUGGCCUCGACGCCUUCGAACACGAGGUCCUCACCAAGCGGAGUAGCAGGUACCACCAGAAACGGGACAACCGCUACGGUGGUCUCCACGACAUCUACUCCCUCCAGGAGCUCCUUGACGAGGAAGAAGAUGAUGAGCUGCUGGACACCUACACCACGCCGUCCAAGGGUUCCCAAAAACGCAGCAAUUCCACCCCGGAAAACCCCCGGCCCAAGCGGACCCUCUCCUCCCGCAGCCCCUACGUGCUUUUCUCUCCCAACACCUUCUCCCCGAGCGUCACCCCCUCCCAAAAAUACACGGCGCGCAGCAGCCGCGGCGAGGUGGUGGCCUUGUUCGGCUCCGUCCAGGGUCCUUCCUGGAGCGGUCGGGGCGGCCGCAGUUGCACCCCAAAACUUUUCGGUUCCCCGGAAGAAAAUCUGACAAAAAGCUACAAAUUCAUGUUCCAGAAAGCGCUUGACGUCCGGGAAGUGCUGUCUUGGAGGAUCGAGGAGCUCGGUGACGUCCUGAAGAGCCACCAUCACCUGGAGGACUUUGCCUCGGUGUUGCUCCCGGCGCAGGAACCGGUGACGGUGCUGGGUCAGAUCGGCUGCGACAGCAACGGGAAGCUCAACGCCAAAUCGGUGGUGCUGGAAGGUGACCGGGAACACUCCUCGGGCAGACAAGUCCCCCUCGACCUCUCGGAGCUGAAGGAAUAUUCCCUCUUUCCCGGUCAGAUCGUGGCACUGGAGGGGACCAACAGCACCGGGAGGAAGAUGGUGGUUUCGAAGCUCUACGAGGGGGUGCCCCUUCCCUUCCACACGCCGCCGGAGCCAGCCCCAGAGCAGAGGAUGGUGCUGGUGGCCUGCGGACCCUACACCACCUCCGACAGCAUCGCCUACGACCCGCUCGCCGACCUCGUCGAGGUGAUCGUCCGCGACCGCCCCGACGUCUGCAUCCUGUUUGGGCCAUUCCUGGAUGCCAAGCAUGAGCAAGUGGAGAACUGCCAGCUCCUGGGGUCCUUCGCUGAGGUCUUCAAGCUCUGCCUGAAGACGAUAAUCGAAGGCACGAGAAGUGCCGGCUCUCAGCUCGUCUUCGUCCCCUCGCUGCGCGACGUCCACCACGACUACAUCUACCCGCAGCCGCCGUUCCUCUACCCUGAGCUGCCGAAGGACGACAAACCGCGCGUGCACUUCGUGUCGGACCCCUGCACCCUGGACGUCGACGGCGUCGUUUUCGGCCUGACCUCCACCGAUCUGCUCUUCCACAUGGGUGCCGAGGAGAUCAGCAGCUCAUCCGGAAUCUCGGACAGGUUCACGCGAAUCCUCAAGCACAUCCUGACGCAGAGGAGUUACUAUCCGCUGUACCCCCCCUCGGAGGAGCUCAACGUUGACUAUGAGACCUUCUACAGCUAUGCCUCGUUACCCGUCACACCGGAUGUCCUCAUCACCCCGUCAGAGCUGCGGUACUUCGUUAAGGAUGUGCUGGGCUGUGUCUGCAUCAAUCCCGGCCGGCUGACGAAGGGCCAGGUCGGGGGUACCUACGCCCGCCUGUACAUACAGCGGGAGGACGCCACGGGCGAGCGGAAGAGUCCGUGCGUUGCCGCUCAAGUUGUUAAAAUCUAAAUCGUCGGGACAGAGACUUAUUUUUUCGACCCUUCUUCCACCUACGACUUAAUUCCUUCCUGGAAACAAACGGAUGUUAAAAUACACUUUGAAUUUUGGUUAAAACCCACCCAAAACGCUUGUGUUUGUCCCCGUGCCCGAAGCUGCCUUCGCCUGACCCCCUUUCACGAGGUGCCGACUUUGCACCGUGCCCCGGUUCCUCCUGGAGCCACCCUGCCGUGGUGGGACUCUGCUCCGUGGAUGGAGGCGGAGACUCCAUCCUAAUAAUUGCUAAUUAAUUGAUUAAUGCUAAGCAUGAGGUGGCAGGAAGCUGGGUUUUGUAGCGGAGGGUUUUUGUUUUUUUUUUGCAGGUGUGGUUUUGGAUGUGCUGGAUUAACAGCGAUGUGGGUGCAGGGCGAUUUGGGGUCACUCGUUAGCUGGAGUGGGAGGGCACGGACUCCUUGUGUCUUCCUCUCCUGCUCGUUAGGUAAACGAAGAUAAUCCUCCAGCUGAAUUUACCCACAGAAAAGGGGAAAUCCUGGUGUGGAAAGGGGAAUCUCGGCACAUGGCGGGGCCGCAGUCCUCCUCCGCCGAGGUACCGGCAUCCUCGAUUCACCUCCUGGGUGACAUCAUUUGGGAUGAGCUUCCUCAUUAUGGGACUCUGAGUUUAAUUAGUCCAAAAGCAAUUAAUUUACAGGUGCCCGGGGGGGCUGCACCACCGCUUCACCAGUUUCGGUGAAGGAUGCCGCAGCUCCUGGCUUGGCUGUGGGCAAAAUACCAACGUCGGGUUUGGGUUUGAAACAUUUUUCCCCCACUUUUUGCCUCAAAUUUGCGGCGAGGAAGCUGGAAAAAUUAAUUAAAAUCCCUCCCUGCUCCGCUCAGUUCUGGCUCUCCUGGUGUUCAUUCCGCUCCAAGGCCGGGCAUGGGGAAAGAAAGGUGGAAAAAGGGGGUUUUUUGCCAAAGAAAAGGUAAAUCCGAUGUGAAGAAAGGGAAUGAAUUUCAUAACUCCCCGCCGCGGGGUAGUUACAGACGUCGGGAGGCUGGAAAAUGACAUUGUCGGUUGGUGCUGAGCUGGCGCGCGGCUCUCUUCGUUAAUUUUCCACUUAAUUACCCGCCUGGCCUUAUUACAGACUCUCUGUAAAAGCAGCGUGUUUAUCUUCUCUCACCCUUUAAAUCCCAUGUGGGCGUGAGGGCGUAUUUAGGGUAAAAAAGGGGAAAAACAGGGUCCGGGGAGGGAGAUCCUCUCUCAAUUUUUGCGUGUAAGUCUGGCUGGCCAGGAUUUGCCCGAAAAGCUCUGGUUUCUCCCCAAAUAUCAGUGCAAAGCAGCUGGGCAGUGUCGUUGUCUUCUCCAACUGUCACAUCUCAGUCUCGGUUCCUCCUCUGAUCUUUUGCUGAUUUUAGCACUUCUCACCCCAAAUAAAAAUGCUGUUUUUUCCCA